AUUAUAUUUCUAAAUGGACACAAGGCAAUUUGAAGCUAUACCAGUUUAGCAAAGGAGUAUAGUGAAAUAAUAGGAAGUAAGUUGGUAUUACUAUAAAAGGACCUUUACAUAUCAUUGCCAGAUUUAUAUAUUAGAAAAUAUGUACUAUCCGAAAAAUUAUGUGCAUUGAAGAAACCAUACAUUCCAAAAGUGAAUAUGCAUGAUCACACAAAUUAAGAGGUAUAGAUGAAAACUAUUUUUUAGAUUUUGAGAGUGCCAAAGAUUUGGUAAUAAGUAAUGAAUGAUGUACAAUUAAAGGCGCUUGAUUUCCAAGAGAGAAAGAAAUGGAAAGUAAGAGAAUCAUUUGAAUUUGUGUAGAUAGCUGUGAAUUAUUAAUUGGCGUAGGAAGCAAAGGCUACUCAUUAAAUGUUACAGAAAGAAAGGGAAGAAAUAGAGUAAUUUGGAAUUUGUAUUUCUUAUUCAUUGUGUCAGAUGGUAUAGAAAGCAUUCAAUUAAAUGGGUAAGAAUUAAAGUAUAGGAUUAGAUAUUGAAGAACCAAAUCAAAAGCCAAUAUAAAAGUAUUUGAGAACGAUGAAAAACGAGAAUUAAGAAUUAGAUGAGCAGAGAUAUUAAGAUGCACUUUAAAAAGUGAAAAGAUACUUGUCAACCAAUAGAGAUGUCUAUGUGUCUUUAGAAUCUUUAUUUCCAGAUAUGCAAUAAACAUAUUCAGAAUCAAAUACUCAUGAUAUCCAUUCCAGUGAUAGAAGAAAGAUUAAGCAGACAGUUGAAUUCGAUUUCAAAAAGAAAUAUGAAAAUCUGUAAGAGGCCUUGUAAUUAUUUGUGAAUAAGGACAUUCCAUUAAAGGAAUCUUUUGAGAAGAGUGUGAUGAGUAUAGAGAGUUUUCCUACCUCCUUGGAAAUGAUCUACAAAUACAAAGCAAAAUCAUAUUAUCAAGAGCCUUGUUUGGAUCCGGAAUACGAGGAAUUAUUAUUCAGGAUUGGAUGCACUCCAGAAUAAGUGUUAAAUAAUGGAGAAAAGUUGAUGAAGAAGUAUAAAAUAGAAUAAAUUCUAGGAUGAAGAUCUUCUCGAAUAAUUAGCCAGCUGAAUAGCAAUUACCUCCUUAAUUAGAACUUAAAGAUCUAUUUCGAUACAAGUUCAAUUAUAUUGAAAGAGAUUGUCAUUUUAUUUAAUAGAGUGGAAAAUUUGUACCUUUAGAUGCAGAAAGAUUUAAUUCACAUGUUCAAUAGAUAACAAAAUCAAAUGAGUUAGUUAAACAAUAUUACAUAUAGUAAGGACUCUUUAUAUUCACAUUUUUAGUUAUUAUCAGAAAUUCUAAGGGGAUUUUAACUAAGUUAGUUAAGCACUUUCAUCAAACACUGUAACAGCCAAUCUAUAUUUGUAUACUCCCAAUUUCUGUGCUGAUCUCUAUGCAUGGUUCAUCUUUACUAAGAGUAUUCCAUCAAACUCUAAAUUUAUAUUGCCUCAACAAUAUUAAAAGAAAUGCGAAUCAAUUAAAUACAUAAAGAAGCCCUAAUAACCAUAAACUUAAUAUACUAAUAUACUCAAUGAUUAUGAAUCUCUUAUUUAGAAGAAACUCCCCAUCAAAAUACAACACUUAAGACCUCUUCCUUAGAAUCCAUUCAAAUAAUAUACUAAAUCUGGAUUCAAAGAAUUGCAAUAAAAAAUCAAGUUUGAUGAUCUAAUCUAGGUUAAGACUUCAGGAUAAGCUGAUUAUUCAAUGGUUGAAAGACUCUCAUUUUCUAAUUUGAAAGAGUUGGUCAAAUCUGUUAACAAUUCCAAAGGACAUAUUGAAAAAAGAUAUAAGAACAUUUACGAUAUUGCAAGAUAAGAUUGUUAUCCUAUAGAAUAAAUUAAAAAAGAAAUUGUACAAUGUUCAUAUAAUAUUAGCGGAAAAACUUCAAGUAAUAAAUGGCAGGAUAAAGAAUGUUCCCUGUUUAAUAGAGCAAUUACAAUAAAGCAACUAGUACUGCAUUGCCUAUUAAUCAAUACUAAGCAAAACCAUCAACCAUUGAUAAUUUGAAUAGUGGAUAAACUAUUGUUUUGCCAGCAUAAUUAGUUCCUCCUCCAUAAUAAGUUACUUCAACUUAAAUCUAACCAGCAUUGUAACAACUUCCUUAAGGUGCCCAACCUCCACCAGCUGUUUAACCAUAUACGCCAUCCGCUUCAUCAAGACCACGCAAAACUAAACCAGAAGCUCCUGCUCCAACUCCUUAAUAAGCACCCCCAGUUGUUUAAUAACCAACAUCUGCAAAGAAGACCAACCGAAAAAAGGAUGAUUCAGUAGCUCAAUCUGUUUAAGCAGCUACCCCUGCCAAUGUUGAAACACAGGAUCAGCCUAAAUAAUCCAAGAGAACCAAAAAGUAAACAAAAGCCAAUGAUAAAAAUAAGCAAUAACAACCAGAAGAUCGCAAAGAUGACAGUGUUUGAAAC